AUGUUGCACAAAGGAAUUCAGAAAUACGACACAAUUUGGGACAAACUUGUAUUCAACAAGAUGCGUCAAGUUCUUGGUGGUCGCGUUCGCAUGUUGACAACUGGAGGUGCCCCGGUAAUUCCAGCAGUGAUGGAUUUUACCCGAAUAGCAUAUGGCUGCCCACUUGUUGAAGGGUAAGU